ACAAAUAAAUUGGCAGUGCAACAUCUUUCCGUUUAGUCUUUUCCCAUAGAAAGAAAGGAAUGAUUUUCCUUUGUAUGAAGAAUACCAUUCUUGCUUUGAUAAAAAAGUGUAGAGAAAAUCCAAAGGAAUAUAUAUCUUUCUUUUCAAUCAAUAAAAGAAUGUAACAAUUCACGUGUUUUACAAAACAAAUUUGGUCAAAAUCAUUAAUCUCUAGUAUGAAUUUUUUUUUUGACUUGGGUAAUUAAAAAAAAAAUGCAAAUCACACAUUUUAAUUUAGUUCAAACAUUAUAAAAUUUUUUUAUUUUUCCCAAGUAAAACAGCGAAGAAGUUGUAGAAGGGUUGAAAAAAAUCUUGAAGUCUAAAAGUUUUAAACUCAAACGCUACUUUUUGUUGGCUACUUUUGGUCGGAUCUCUCAGAAUUCAGAGCAACAAGCCAACAACCUUCCUCGUCUCUUCCUGACGGGGGCAUUUAUCACCCAGCAUACUCAAGUCCCAGUCUCGCCCUGCUAUCGUCUGGCCUUUAUCUUAUUAUCAUAUCCAGGGGAGAAAUAGACGGGAUAGGAAGAGGGAGAGAGAAAGAGAGGCAUGGGAGAUCUCUUCAUAUGGCUUAUUUCUUUCUUCAUCCUCAUUGCCCUUCUCGUUAUGCUCGUUUAUCAGCUCAUGUGCUUGGCUGAUUUAGAGUUUGAUUACAUCAAUCCUUAUGACUCUUCAUCACGGAUAAACAAAGUGGUCUUGCCCGAAUUUUUCCUGCAAGGAUUUUUAUGUUUAUUCUAUCUAUUAUCGGGGCAUUGGGUCAUGUCUCUGUUAUGUGCUCCAUAUUUAUACUACAACGUGAGACUUUACACACGGAAACAACACCUGGUGGAUGUGACGGAGAUAUUUAACUUGCUUCAUUGGGAGAAGAAGCAACGCCUUUUUAAACUUGCCUACCUCGUCGUUCUUCUCUUUUUCUCCAUAUUCUGGAUGAUCUGGUCUGCAUUAGAAGAUAUGGAUGAUUAACGGGGGAGACCUGCAGCUUUCAUAACCUCAAGUUUUUGUUGGUCUUAACUGCUGCCGUGCAUCGGGUGUUCACAUUGUUUUUUAUUGCAGCUUCUGUCUGUUGUAACUGAUAUUAGCAUAAAUUCCAAGGUUGUAUGAUUGUCAGAAUUUCAGUUGAUUUUCAUUAAAAAUAUUUUUCAGCUUCGAUUUGCUCAAA